AUGGGUUCUCUUUACAGCUUUGGUUUCAACGCGUUUGGUCAAGUCGAUCCUGACAGCAACCAGAAAAAAGCAACCCACCAUGACGUGUCCAAUGUACUCUUCACAACCUGGGAAUCCACCGUCAUUUCAACUGGCGAAUUGCAGUGGUGGGGUUAUCAACCGAUGCAAGACAAUGGAUCGUCCUUGAAGGCUUUGACUGAUUGGGGAGAUCGCUGCAUAAGACGCAUGUUCGGUGACCUUAACUUGUGUCUCGGUGCUAUUGAUGACCACGGCAACGUUUGGUAUCGCGUAUUGGGGUCGACAACGAAUCCUAUCCAGCUAUUGGCGUCCGAAGCACAGGAUGCAGUCUAUUGCUCUGCACUUGAAGCCAUCUAUAUUCUUACAGUGGAUGGUAAAGUGGAUCACUACAAGAUGCAAAAAGAAGAUGAUAAGGUGGCAUUCAAGCUGGUGGCUCGAUUGACUACACUUCCACGUGUGUAUUCCCUUGCAGCCUCUGCAACGCAUGUUUUGUUUUAUACAGCUGGCAUGGAUCCAAUCUAUUCGCUUGGCAGCAAUCGAUUUUCACAACUUGGAUUUGAUACAUCGACAAUACAAGCCUUAGCUACACCAACACCCAUCGACUAUUUUAGUGGACUUGGGAUGAUGGAUCCUAAUCAUCAAGGAAUGGUGGCCUGUGGUUUAUUUCAUUCGGCUGUUGUAUUGGGUGGCGAGCUAUAUACCUUUGGAUGGAACAAGGAUGGUCGACUUGGUUGGGGUGACAACGACGACGAUGACAACGAUGUUAUAUCACCAGCCGUGUUUCUUGAUCCAAAAGGAGAUCCUAUACAAGAGGACAUCAGUAUUGUGCGAGUCGCAUGCGGAGCAGCGCAUACUUUAGCUAUGGAUGAUCAUGGAAGGGUAUGGAGUUGUGGCAGUAAUAAGUAUGGUCAAUUGGGAAGGAAAACAUCGUGGCAAUGUCAGGAGAUCGGCAAGGAAGACAACAAUGAUGAUCAUGACACGACAUUUCGGCAAGUCACCAUUCUUCCACCCGAAUCAUAUGCCAAGAAUUGCUUUACAGGGCGAUGGUCGUCAUUUAUUCUGAUGUAA